AUUGGUGAGUGUGUGCAUGAGGCAGGGAUGUUAACUUUCUCACGGAUUGAUUUUUUGAAAAUUUGCUUUGUUAGAGUAGCUUUUAUCUGCCGACAAAAGCUCUGAGGGCCUUAAAGAUAGAGAGAAUGAGUGAGCACUGAGACAGUGUUGAGUUGUGUGACAUGUAACACUAAACUCAAGCUUACCUUUCUCUUUCUUUUUCUUCUUUUUUUUUUUUUCUUCUUCUUCUUCUCAGUUUCACUCUCUUUGCUCAUGGACAUGGAUGUUUGCAGAAAUGUAUCAGUUUCCAGCGAGUGCCACCAAGAGCUUCCCACCCUUGAUGACCUUUUCUCUCAUCAGAACAUGGAAGUGGAUUUGGGCAUGGAAUGGUUGUCAGUGUUUGUGGAAGACUGUUUCUCUAGUAGGCCAAGUUGCCUCUUGGCACCCCCUUGUGUUGAAACCACAAGCACCAGCACCAGCACCAAGCCUUCAACCACAGUGCAAAGACCCCAACAAAAGCCUUUGCAGAAUUUUACUGUGCCAGGGAAAGCCAGGAGCAAGAGGAAGAGGCUCUCAGCCCCUAGAACAAAGGACACUUUAGCCACAUGGUCACAGCAUCACUUGAGUGAAGGGCUGAGUUCUGACCCUCCUCUCUUGAAACAAGCCUAUUGGUUGGCUGAUAGUGAACUCAUUGUCCCCAAGAAGAAGAAGAAGGAAGAAAUUGUGGUGAGGAAGGAGAAAUUGGAGGAUUUUUUUGAGGGUGAGGUUAGGAAUGAUGAGCACCCAAUUCCAAGAAGGUGCACACAUUGUCUGGCUCAGAGGACCCCACAGUGGAGGGCAGGACCAUUAGGGCCAAAGACACUAUGCAAUGCAUGUGGUGUGAGGUACAAGUCUGGAAGGUUGCUGCCAGAGUAUAGGCCAGCCAAGAGCCCUACUUUUGUAAGCCAUUUGCAUUCUAAUUCACACAAAAAGGUCAUGGAGAUGAGAAUGGGGGUUCCAUCAUCCACACCUGCAGAUAACUAGUGGAGUGGUUCAUGUUAGUCUUACUCUAUACUUUUCAUGUCAAAUCAAAGAAAAAUUAUGGAACAAAUUAUUUCGAAACAAGCAGGUAUAUACAAUCAAUGGGGGAUCUGUGUCACAA